GGGACACAGUUCUGAGAGAAACCGAGACCAGCUUGAGCCCUGUGACUGGAAAUACCGCACCGGCUGCACGAUGAGUGGGAGAGUUGGGGAUCUGAGCCCUCAACAGGAGGAGGCCCUAGUAAAGUUCCGUGAGAAUGUGAAGGACCUGAUGCCUAAGCUGCCCGCUAAUUCUCAGGAUGACUCUUACUUGCUGCGAUGGUUGCGAGCCAGAAGCUUUAACCUGCAGAAAUCAGAGAAUAUGCUCCGAAAGAAUGUUGAAUUUCGAAAGCAAAUGGAUUCAGACAAUGUGCUGGAAAAAUGGCAACCUCCAGAGGUGGUUCAGAAAUACCUGUCAGGAGGCUUGUGUGGACAUGAUCGGGAAAACAGUCCCAUCUGGUAUGAUGUUGUUGGGCCCCUGGAUCCCAAGGGACUCUUGUUCUCAGCUUCAAAGCAGGACCUCAUGAAAACCAAGAUGCGGGACUGUGAGCUUAUGCACCGUGCAUGCCUAAUGCAGAGUGAAAAGGUUGGCAAGAGGGUGGAAGACGUGGUUAUGAUUUAUGAUGUGGAAGGUUUGGGGUUGAAGCACCUAUGGAAACCUGCAGUGGAGCUAUAUGGAGAGAUUCUGCAAAUGUUUGAAGAUAAUUAUCCAGAGGCACUGAAAAGGCUGUUUGUUAUCAAAGCUCCUAAACUAUUCCCAGUGGCCUAUAAUCUCAUCAAGCACUUUCUGAGCGAGGACACCCGCAAAAAGAUCAUGGUUUUAGGUGAUAACUGGCAGGAGGUGCUUAAGAAAUAUAUAGCUCCUGAGGAACUACCCCAGUAUUAUGGAGGGACGUUGACUGACUCUGAUGGUGACCCCAAAUGUAAAUCCAAGAUAAACUAUGGUGGGGACAUCCCUAAGAAAUACUAUGUGCGAGACCAGGUGGUGCAGAAUUAUGAAAAUAUCUUGAAUAUCAAUAGGGGCUCUAGUCAGCAGAUGGAAUACGAGAUUCUCUUCCCUGGCUGUGUCCUCAGAUGGCAGUUCCAGUCUGAUGGUGCAGAUAUAGGUUUUGGAGUAUACCGCAAGACAAAAGCCGGUGAGAGACAGAAAGCUGGAGAAAUGAUCGAGGUGUUGUCAAAUCAGAGAUACAAUUCACACAUGGUUCCUGAGGAUGGAACUCUGACUUGUACUGAACCAGGAACAUAUGUACUACGCUUUGAUAACACUUACAGCUUCAUCCAUGCCAAGAAGGUCAGUUACACAGUUGAAGUUCUGCUUCCUGAUCGAAAAUCAGAAGAAAAAAUUCAACAAUUAGAAAGCAAGUUGGAAAGCAGUCUAACCAUCUAGAGACACUAUCCAGAUGGCAGAGAUCAUUGCUUUUGGCAUGUCUUUAAUGUCAGUUACUGCAAUAAUGCCAGAUUUGAUAUAAAUGAAUUAAGGCACUCAGGAGUUGAGCUGCCUAUCCCAUUAGUUACUGAUGACUCAUGAGUGCCUUAUUGUAAUAUAUAUCAGAGACAUAAUGCAGUGUAUGAACAAAUACAAUCUGUUCAUGCUUGAGUCAGAAGUCAUGAAAGUGAGCAGGUAUAUAGAAUAUAUAUAUUUAAUGCAAGUUAAGUUUGAAGGGAUGUGGCAUAACAAAAAAGCCAAUUUCACUACGUAGUCUCCUUCCAAUCCUGAAGCUCCUUACAGCUCACAGGACAUGUGGGAUUUGUAGGGGUGGCCUAAAGACUGCAGUGUGCAGUGUAAUGGGCAUUACAUGUUUGUUCUGAAGAAAUAAAUUAUUGGAAAGACCUGUUUACUUACAUGAGGGGAACUCCUUUGCAUUUGGAAUAUAUUAUAAAAAGCUAGCAUGUGUGUCACCCAGUAACAUACUAAUUAAACUAGGGCAUAAAUUGCAUGAUAAUUAAAUAUUUUCAUCAAAUAGGUAAUAAAUUGUGGUGGCUAUAGCCUCUGAAUAUGGCAUUAAAACACAAAGCUAACUGUCCUUCUGACAUUUAUUAAAUAGGCUGUAAUUAGUUUACAUAUGUAUAUCAUACACGGUCAUUGUUUACACUCCUGAAAGCUUCCCUCAGAUUUUCACCUAAUUUAACCAUAGGAUAAUCUUUUUUCCUUAUACUCUACAGGGGCAUUAAUUAAUUGUUUUUUCUUACUGAAUAAAUUCCAAUUUUUUUAAGAUACAA